AUGUGUGCAAGGAGGAGACAGAAAAAGAAACAAACCGCGGACGCAACGGUGGUCUAUAAUAAAGGCAAAGGAGACAAGGAAGGAGACAGAAGAAGGAGACAAAGAAGGAGAGAGAGGAGGGAGACAAAGGAGACAAGAGAAGGGGAGAAGGGAGACAAGAGAAGGAGACAAAGGAGACAAAGGAGACAGAAGCAAGACGAGAGGAGACAAGGGAAGGAGACAGAGGAGACAAAGGAGUCAAGAGAAGGAGACAAAGGAGACAAAGGAGACGAGAGGAGACAAAGGGGACAAAAGAAGGAGACAAAGGAGACAAAAGAAGGAGACAAAAGGAGGAGACAAAGGAGACAGAAGCAAGACGAGAGGAGACAAGGAAAGGAGACAGAGGAGACAAGGGAAGGAGACAGAGGAGACAAAGGAGACAAGAGAGGGAAAUAA